AUGACCGGAUGCCAACAAGUUGGAGAAAAGGUAUUUCUUCGGGUUUCUCCGACGAAAGGGAUCAUACGGUUCAGCAAGAAAGGAAAGCUAAGCCCUAGAUACAUUGGACCUUAUGAGAUUCUCAAGAGAAUCGUAGCAGUCGCAUACCGACUGGCAUUACCACCCUCGUUGGAAGGCGUUCACAACGUGUUCCACGUAUCCAUGUUUAAAAAGUAUAUACCGAACCCAGCACACAUUUUAACUGCUGAGCCGGUACAACUCAAAGCGGAUAUGUCAUACGAGGAACAGCCGGAGGAAAUAUUGUGGCGUAAAGAACACAAACUCCGCAACCGUACUGUCGCUUAUAUUAAAGUGCGAUGGAGAAACCACACGGCCGAAGAAGCAUCUCGGGAACGCGAAGAGGAGAUGCGAGAAAGAUAUCCUCACCUUUUCGACUUACAAGAUGAUCCAGCAGGUAGACGUGAUGGCAGUAGGGAGGAUUAUUUUGAGGCGGAGGCUGAUGGUUAUAGUAAUCUUGCUGGUUUGGACCCAGAGGGGUGUGACCCCUCUUACAUGGACGAUCAGGGUGUCCCUGGGGAAUAG